UUUUCACUUGACCAGCAGACGUUGCAGGAGGCAGUGGCUCCGUUCGAGUAUCUGGACGUAUUGAUUUUCUCUCCGGGCUCCCCAGCGUCUCAGCUUCUCCGAUUUCCAGAUACUGCACGGAAUGAGCCUGAAGUCGAGUGCACGGAUCAAGAAGCGCCGCUCCGAGGCGGCGGCAGCCAAUUAUACAGCUCCGACGCCAGCUCAGGCGGCGAAUGGGGCCUCCUCAUCCUCCACGCCGUCAACCCCAACGUCGACGAACAACACGAGCAGCAGCAAUGGAGGAGGCGGCACAAACACCCCAAAUCCAUGCGCAAGCUCCUCCUCCUCCUCCGCCAAAAAGCACAGCUUCGUGGGACGCAAUCCUAACUUUGACACCGAUGAAACCAAGCUGCUGAUUCAGCUCUGGGGCGAUCCCAAGCUGCAGCGGACGCUCAUCACCACGCAUAAGAAGCACGCUGUGAUCUGCCAGCUAGCCAACAAGAUGCAGGAGUACGGUUACCAUCGCUCGCCGGAAGAAAUUACCACGCGUAUCAAGAAUCUGAAGUGCUUUUACAAUCGUUUGAAGAAGGACAAGGAGUGUGGCGUGCUAACUGGCGAUUCCGAGCCCAGUUGGAAGCACUUUGCCGAAAUGGAUGCCAUCAUGACUAGACCCAUCUUCAGCGUUCGCCCCAACGAAGUCCCGGCUCCCUCUCUCAAGUACCAACUGGAGCAAGCUCUAGAGGAGCACGCAGAACGUCGUAAGCGUCGCUUGGAGAACGGUGAGGAGCUUUCCGAAAGCGACAACGAGGAGGACGACAUGAUGCUGUCUGCUUUGGUGUCCAAAAACAAGGACACAACUCCUCGGAAGGACUUAGAAGCUGGCUGUCUGGAGGCCGACUCCGAUAUGAACGAUGAAUCCUUUAACAAGCGCCGCAAGCUCUCCGCUGAAGUUGAUGUCGAUAUCGGCGAAGCUCUGGCUUCAUCCUGCAUUAAGAGUGAGCCUGCUCAGGAGGUGGAGGUGCCGGCUGCUGUGGCCGCAUCAGCUGAGCCAGAGCCUGAGCCCGAGGAGGACGACGACUGUAUGCUGCUGCCCGUGCCCAAGGAAGAACCGAUCGAUGUGGAUGCCUCCGACGAUUCGCCGAAUGAGAAAUCCCCAAGCUCCAGCUCUUCGUCCACUUUGGCGGACAUGUUGCAUCGAAAUAAGCCCGCAAAUCUGCUUCCCUUCACUGGAGCCAAUGUCAUCAUACCAGCCAGCAUUACCACCACCACGGCCAGCAGUUGCACGGUCACGCAGAGUUCCGGAACGGCUGCCAAUAAGCUGCAGGCGGGUAAGAUCUCACUGGUGCCCACAAACUUCCUCAUGCAAUCGAAGCUGCCGGCUGUGGCUGGAGGACCAAGUCCUAUCGCAACGGCCAAGGCAGGGGCGGCUCCUCAGCUGCAGUUACUGCAGAGUGCCAUCAAUCAGGGCGCCCGACUGAUGAUCAGUGGAUCGGCUGCCGCACCGGCACAGCCGAGCAACGCCGGUCUGAUGGCCACCGCUCCGGCAGGAGUCAAGUUUGUCCUGGUCAAUGCGGAGCAGGCUAAGGCAGCGGCAGCUGCUGCAGCCGUGGGCAAGUCAGCCGCCACUUUGCCACUGGCAGCCGCCCAGGCUCAGGCUCAAGUUCAAGCGGCGGUGCAGCAACAGCAGCAGCAGAAGAUCCAACAGAGCCUCCACCAAGAGCACCAGCAUCAGCAGCAUUUACAACACCAACAGCACAUCCAGCUGGAGAAGGAAGAGACUCGCAGGGCGCACGAGAAGGCGAGGGAGGAGCUGCAGUCCAAGCGACACAUGACAACUAUGAGAAUCCUACUACGCCAGCUUCUGAACGCCCAGAACGAGGCCAACGAGAUCCAGCACAAUCGCCUCUCCCUGGAGCGUGAACGUUUGGAUUGGGAGAAGUCCAUGGGAGAGCGUCUGUUUAACUUGUUGCCCAGCCUACUGCACCAGCCGGCACCUGCGGCUUCGCCAUCCUCCACCACUCAGCGUCUUCAGCCACCGAAAUUGCUCUUUACCACCGCCCUGCCGAUGGCCAAUGGCACCGUCUCUAUGCCGCACAUACUCACAUCCAAUUCAUUGCCAAAAGUCAUCACGACAACAAGCAGUACUGGCGGUGUAGCUGUAGCAGGAUCAGGUGCUGGCUUAGUAGCCAGCGUGGCCACAAAACCGGUGGACAGUGAUGUCCAACUAGUCACCCCCAAGCAGGAGAAGGACGGCUAGACCGUAGUGGUGC